UUCCGCUCAGCCUAAACCCACUUCAGCAAUACAACAAAAAAGCAUAUACAACACCACGUACAACACCUUCGACGAAAAAAAUCGCGCCCUUUCCGGCUUUCUGCGGGACCGAUCUCGUUCAUCCAUUGCUCGACACUCGAUUCCGCUCACUGGUCAGCGAGACAUCCUUUCCAUCGCCUACGUACACCGAACAGACGCCUGCGCCUUAAUUUUGGCGGCUAAAGAUUGUUCUUCUCAGGCCGCUUCCGAUUGUUAUUGUUUUUUUUUCUUCCCCGCUUUCCGGUUUGGGGAAAGUGGAUGCCGCUUCUUUGCAAUGGCAGAAGCUUCUCCGUAUUCUUUAGUUGACAUCUGCUUGAAUGUCUUGGUUGCUGAUCUGGCAAAAUUCUGUACAGAAAGGCCAGAUGGGUCACUGUGCUUGAAAGAAUCCGAAAGGCUUCCACAAGAAGUAGCUGACCGAUUGCUGCAAAUAAUGGCAUAUCAAGAGUUGUUAAAUGAUGGUACAGUGGGCAUUUUCCAAGGAAACCAAAUUCGUUUGAAGCAAGCUUGUAUCCGCAAAGCAAAAAUCUCAGCCCAGUCCUUCAAGAAAGCCUUCUGCCAUCAUAAGCUAGUACAGCUUGAUGCGGCAGGAAUGAAUGAAACUGUUACCAUUGCAGAUGUCGUGAGUGGAUUGGGAAGCAGUAAAUGGAUCCAGAACAACCUCCAGUGUCUUGUCUUGGACUCAUUAAUUCUUUUUCCUACAAGUUCAUAUGAAAGAUGCUUUAGUCAAUUCCCCAAUCUUCGUUCUUUGAGUGUUACAAAUGUGUUGUUCAGGGAUGAACAUCUAGCAGACGUUGCUACCCUACCAAGAUUAGAAAACUUGGAUAUAUCCAACACCUCCGUUACAAACAUAUCUGCGCUCCUUGCCUGCAGGAAUCGUCUGAAAUCUCUAACUAUGUACAGUUUGAAAUGUUUGAAAAUGCCUACCACAAAAGUCUUAGAUAUAAUAAGAGGACUAAAAUAUCUGGUUCAUCUUGAUAUCUCAGAGGAUCAGCAUUCUGGAUCCGAGAUUGCCUUUUGUUUGCUAAGGCAAAAAGACAUUCUGCCUAAUCUUGUAUCAUUGGACAUUUCAGGGAACAAAUCUAUUACUGAUGAAGCCGUAGAAGCGUUUGUCAGGCAGCGGCCGAAAAUGCAAUUUAUAGGUUUGUUAGGUACAGAAGCUGGAUUCACAGAGUUCCUUUCAGGACAGGGAAGCAUGAAGGUAUCAGGGGGAGAAAAUGAAAUGCAGAUUUUAGAAGCUCUGAAACGCUACAAUGAAAGGCCAGCAUUUGUGAAGGAGGCCUUCUUUCAUCUUUUUACACAAACCUGUUUUAUGAAAAUUACAAAGCCUGAAAUUUUAAAGCUUGUGAUUAUUGGGAUGAGAAAUCACCCUUUGGAUUUGGCAGUACAGUUGACAGCUAGUGCCUGUGUCCUUAAUUUAACUAGGCAAGGCCUAGCAGCAGGCGUGCCUGUUCGUCUGCUCUCCAGUGUGAUUCAGCUGCUCCUUAAAGCCAUGGAAACUUUUCCUGAACAACGGCAGCUGCAGAAGAAUUGCCUUCUUUCGUUAUCUAGUGUCAGGAUCCUCCAAGAUGUUCCAUUUAAUAGGUUUGUGGCUGCCAAAUUUGUUGUUCAAUGGCUUUGUAAUCAGGAAAAUCAACAUAUAGAAAGAAUUGCUGUUAAUGUAAUCUCUAUCUUGGCACUUAAGCUUUCAGAUGAGCAAGCAGCACAACUUUCUGCAGAAUUCUACAUUGUUGUUGGGAAACUGCUUGAAAUAAUUGAACAAAAAACAAAUCAGACUGAAUUAGAUACAACUUUCCAUUUUACACUUCGUGCACUUUGGAAUCUCACAGAUGAAGCUCCAACUAUGUGUGCACACUUUAUGGACAAUAAAGGACUGGAACUUUUCUUGGAUGUUUUAGAGAUUUUUUCUUCUGAUUCAUCUAUACAACACAAAGCUCUUGGCCUGCUGAACAACGUGGCCGAGGUGAGAGAGCUGCAUCCCAGGCUAAUGCAGAAGGACUUCGUGGAUCGUGUCAGUGAACUUCUGAACAGUGCUGAGACAGAAGUCAGCUAUUUCGCAGCUGGGAUUACGGCCAAUUUGCUAUCUAGAGGUGAACAAGCCUGGACAUUGAGUCAAAAACUGAGAAGAUCCCUUAUUGAAAAGCUGCAUUCAACCCUUUUGAAGUGGCCAACACCGGAAUGCAAGAUGGUAGCAUUGCCUGCCUAUAGGUCCCUCAAGCCAUUUUACCCGCUUCUUGACUGCUUUGCAUUACCUGGAGUACAGAUCUGGGCUGCGUGGGCUAUUCUGCAUGUCUGUUGCAAAACCCCUGCCAAGUACUGUGCAAUGUUAAUAGAAGAGAAUGGAUUACAGCACUUAUAUAAUAUCAAAGACAAUGAACAGAGUGAUCCUGAUGUCCGGUAUCUAAUAACUGAGGUAUUAAGUUAUGUGGAAACUCAUAUAAAGUAUUAUGGGAAGCCUAAACAUCUAAAAGAGCUACAAGCAAUUCAGACUGAUAAAUGAGGUCAUAUCUUUACCUCUGCCAUAUAGUGUUGACGGCUGUACUGGUGAUCCAUUUCACAAUUUUUGUUUUUAUCAAGAUGGCCCUUGUAUCUUUUUCAAGUCUUCUGUAACUAACGUAUGAUAUGUAUAUUGACAAAUUGCUUAGUAGUUUAACAUGCAAGCUUUGAAGAAAGAUGCCAGUUUUUAUAAAGGUAAUUGGGAAGUCCAAGGCUCUGCAAAUGGAGGCUUUGAAAUAAAGUUUUUUUCUUGCUAGAAUCUCUUCGUUUUAUUGUCCAUUCUCCCUAAGUAGUAGAAUUGAUAUUGUUCACUGAUUGCUGAGACAAAAUAAGAACAGCUUAAUAUUACUGACUGACUGGCAAGUUCUGGAUAAGGAAAUGUGGGUUUGUUUCUACUAAAACAAUGAGUCUGCAGCCAACAAUGGGGUCAGUCACAAGCCACAAUGAUACACUGUUGUGCACGACCAAAGAAGAGAUUCUGGCUUUAGUCUAUUGUACAUAUAUGUUUGCCAUGAUGUAACAUAAAUCACUUUGUUACUGCAUUUUUUUUCUGGAUAUACAAACUAUUUUUCUAUGAGUGGG